UGCUGCUCACUGCCACUACCAGCCGGAGCCAGGGCCUGGUCGAGACAACUAUUUUUCUGAGGCAAGACUCCUGGCUGUGGCCCAUGGGCCUCUGAGGAGGCGUUGUAAGUCCGCCCAGCUCCCCACUUGCUGUCCUCCCACUCAAUGGGAAGGGAACCAAGACCUUGUCCAGCCAUCAGCCACAGCCUCUCGACAGCACCAGGAUGGAAGUCAAAGGUCAGCUGAUCAGCUCUCCUACCUUCAGUGCCCCAGCUGCCCUGUUUGGAGAGGCUGCCCCCCAGGUGAAGUCAGAGCGUCUGCGGGGGCUGCUUGACCGGCAGCGAGCCCUGCAGGAGGCCCUGAGCCUGAAACUUCAAGAGCUUCGCAAAGUGUGUCUCCAGGAGGCGGAGCUAACUGGCCAGCUGCCCCCUGAGUGCCCGCUAGAGCCUGGUGAACGGCCCCAGUUGGUCCGCCGACGGCCUCCUGCAGCCCGUGCCUACCCUCCACCACAUCCCAACCCAGCACACCACUCCUUGUGCCCCGCUGAGGAGCUGGCUCUUGACGCCCUAGAGCGCGAGGUGUCAGUGCAGCAGCAGAUCACAGCAGCUGCCCGCCGCCUGGCCCUGGCCCCUGAGCUGAGCGCUGAGCAGCGCCGGCGCCGGCGCCAGGUCCAGGCAGAUGCACUGCGGAGGCUGCACGAACUGGAGGAGCAGCUCGGGGACGUCCGAGCCCGCCUUGGCCUCCCAGUGCUUCCGCCACCCCAGCCACUGCCGCUGUCCACGGGGGCAGUGAUCACCACGCAGGGAGUCUGCCUGGGCAUGCGCCUCACUCAGCUCAGCCAAGAGGAUGUAGUUCUGCACUCGGAGAGCAGCUCCCUCUCAGAGUCUGGGACCAGCCAUGACAAUGAGGAGCCCCGUGGCUGCUUCUCUCUGGCGGAGCGCCCCUCACCACCCAAGGCCUGGGACCAGCUUCGGGCAGUAUCUGGGGGGAGCCCUGAGCGGCGAACCCCAUGGAAACCACCCCCGUCAGAUCUUUAUGGGGAUCUGAAGAGCCGACGGAACUCUGUGGCCAGCCCCACCAGCCCCACACGCUCGCUGCCCAGGAGUGCCUCCAGUUUUGAGGGGCGAAGUGUGCCUGCCACCCCUGUCCUCACUCGGGGCGCUGGCCCCCAACUCUGCAAACCCGAAGGCCUCCAUUCUCGCCAGUGGUCCGGCAGCCAGGAUUCCCAGAUGGGCUUCCCCCGGGUGGACCCUGCCUCCGAUCGGGCCUCCCUCUUCGCAGCUCGCACCCGACGCAGCAACAGCUCAGAGGCCCUGCUAGUGGACCGGGCAGGUGGUGGGGGAGCCGGCUCCCCGCCUGCCCCUCUGGCUCCCCCUGCUGCCGGCCCACCGGUCUGCAAGAGCAGUGAGGUGCUGUAUGAGCGCCCCCAGCCAACCCCUGCCUUCUCUUCCCGCACAGCUGGCCCCCCAGACCCUCCCCGGGCCGCCAGGCCUAGCUCAGCUGCCCCUGCCUCCCGAGGAGCCCCCCGGCUCCCACCUGUGUGUGGGGACUUCCUCUUGGACUAUUCCCUGGACCGGGGCCUGCCCCGCGGUGGCGGUGGGGCAGGCUGGGGGGAGCUGCUGCCUGCAGCUGAGGUCCCAGGACCCCUUUCCCGCCGGGAUGGGCUCCUCGCCAUGCUCCCCGGCCCACCACCUGUGUAUGCAGCUGACGGCAGCAGCCCCCUCCUCCGCAGCAAGGACCCCCACACCCGUGCCACCCGUACCAAGCCCUGUGGCCUGCCCCCAGAGGCCGCCGAGGGUCCAGAGGUGCAUCCAAACCCUCUGCUGUGGAUGCCCCCACCCACCCGUAUCCCCCCGACUGGCGAACGCAGUGGCCACAAGAACCUUGCCCUGGAGGGGCUGCGGGACUGGUACAUCCGGAACUCCGGACUGGCCGCGGGGCCCCAGCGCCGGCCUGUGCCCCCCCACAUGGGCCCACCACACCCACCCUUCCUCCAUACCCGCUGCUAUGAGGUGGGCCAGGCGCUCUACGGGGCCCCCAGCCAGGCGCCGCUCCCACACUCGAGGAGUUUCACGGCGCCCCCUGUCUCCGGCAGGUAUGGGGGGUGCUUUUACUGAUGGGUAGAGGUCUCGAGGCAGAUGGUGAAGAUAUCCAGGCCAGGGAGCAGCUAGUCAAGAGAGCUAAUGAAUUGGACCACAAGGAAACUAGCUGCAGCACUGGCACAGGGUCACUGUACCGUGCAUGACCUGCGUUAGUCCAGGGGUUCUUGGUGGAGGGGGCUCUUGGGCACUGGUAGCAGCAGUUCUUUACCAAGCACUAGAAGAAUUUUAAUAAUUUAGCAACCAGUGCAUGUCAGCUGAGAAUGAGCCUUGAAGGCAGGGUGCCAGGAAGAAGGGACAUCUUGUGCCCCUUGCCUUUGUCUUCCUCUUUUCUCCAUGCCCCAUGCUUGGGAGCCUGAGGGUGCUGUCCUGUGCCUGCCUCCACCUCUUUAACGAGCCUCUUUUCCUUUCUCUUUCUGUGUCUUGUCUGUCUUUUCCUCUCUUCUCUGUCUUCCCUGCCCUGUCCUCCGGAUUCCUGCUACCCCUUCUAAAGAUACUACGCGGACUUCCUGUACCCCCAGGAGCUGAGCGCUCGUUUAAGUGACCUGACGCUCGAGGGGGAGCAGUCCUCCAGUUCUGACCCCCAGACCCCGGGGACACUGGUCUGACCCCUUCUGAUAUGCCCCUUGUUGGCAUGGGCAUGACUCUAGUCUGGGGAGCAUACAGCUGACCUCGCUGAGCCCUGGGGUGUGGUUGCUCUCAGUCCUGGGUGGGCGCCAAACUGAUCUUCCAAGGCCCCUUGGCUCCCUGUGGGCCCAGGAAGUUGUCUGACACCCUGCUUCUCCUCUCACACUGUGCUGGGGACUGGGGGGCCUCAGCCAGCUUAAAAGAGGGGGAUGAUGUCAUGGGGACUCCAAGCCCCUUCCUCCAUUUCUGUUUACAGUUGUGAUUUAGGUAUUUGCUGUCUUCCCCCAACACUACACAUUUUAUAAAAGGGAAACUGUGACCUUGUCCUGGUUGGGUUCAUUCCUGUUCCCAUGCCCAGCCUGUUCUAUUCAGAACCACCCCCUGCCAAAUGGACCAUGUAGGGUCUCAGGGCCCUAUUUGGGGCAGCCAGGAGACUCCAGUGUGAACAGAACUCCCUGCCACCCCUACCAGGGAAGUUCUGGGGAAGGAGGGCUCUCUGCCCACAUUUGGAAGGAUUGCAGUCUGGGUGGGGUGCCUGAAGGAGCCCAUCCCCGUCUGUGCCCAUGGCCUCUGCCCUGACCAUCCCCAAUCAGGAGGUCCCACAGUAGGGGCAAAGGGCAGAGCCAUUGGGUGUGUUGUGUCCUGGGAUGCUGCGGAGGUUGAACCUGGCAUCUGGUAGAUGCCAGUAAAAUCCUCAGGUGAUGUCUGGCCACGGGCCACAGGCCAUGUCACAUCUUCCUUGGCUUUCCUUCCAUUUACCACUUUUUAAACCAAUCUACACAAGCUGUGUUUUCUAUGAUACCUGUCUGUGACUUUCUGGAGCUGGGGGCUCCCCUACCCCCCUUACCUGGUGUUAAACUUUUCUUUUUGUACCAAUGGAUCUGGGCCCAAGACACUA